UUGGUACUAUUUUUUCUAUAUUUUUUUAGCUGUUUCAUCCGUCAAGAUUGUCCUUUUCCAUAAGAUAGAAAAGGAUACCAUGUAAAACCAGUGAAAAUUAAAAUAGUUAUAAUUCAGCAACCAUUUAGUGGAUGCAUUUUCAAUUUUUUGCAGUGUAUUAGGGAAACUAAAAGAACAAUUUCACAAAUUUUUAGCAACUUUGUACCAUUUUGAACUUCAGUCCGAUACAUCCUUAAAAGCCUGUUUUCUCUUUUACAUAUCUAUGAUGCGCAUAUAGAUAGACAUACGUAUGCGCAUUGUACAUAGACAUACGGGACAUAGACUUACAAUUUAACGCCGGUUGCGAAUGAUUAAGGUAGAGAAAUCUAUGGGUAUAGAAUACUCUUUUGAUGGUCUAUCAUGCCAUUGAAGAAGAGAAUGAGUGUAUAACAACCAUCAGCCUAAAGAAUGGACUGGGCAUUGCGAUAAACAGACGAGCAUUGCGAUAAACAGACGGGCACUCGUUAUAGAAAAAAAUAUAUUAUAUAUGAGGCCUAUGUUUGACACUUUUCAAUUUCAUUCAUCAAAAUAAUUAAUGAUGUGCUAGAAAAGAGACAAAUAUAAGCCUCAUGUAAUAGCUCUUUUUCUAUGGUGAGCGUCUGUCUGUCUAUUGCGAUGUUCAGUUCAUUCUUUAUGUCGAUGAUAACAAUACAAGUUUUAAUAUACGAUUUUGGUUGGGCUCGAAUCCGAGACCUUCGACAUAACAGACCAAAUGUGCUAUCUAUUAGUACACCACACUUGUCUCUUAGGCCAGUAUUCAUAGUCGAGUUUUAUAUUUAAGAUCAUCUUAAGUACUUUCUUAAGAUGUCAUGGCCUAAUCACAGAGCCAUAUUAGCAUCUUAAGAUAUUAAGAUGGUCUUAAAAUAAGAAUUAACUACGAAUACCAGUCUUAGUUUUAUAUAUAUAUAUAUAUAUAUAUUCCAUACUAAAGAGUAUACUACUACUAAAAAUAGGAGAAUUUGUCAAACGACAGUAUUAAAUUUAUUUUAUAGAUCUUAGUUGUAUGUAUAUAUAUAUAUAUAUAUAUUUUAUAUAACAUUUUAUAGGAAAAAAUGUCUUCCGUCAGAAACUUGUGAAGAAAGAAAUAUGAAAAUUACAUUUGCAUAAUAACCAGAUAAAUACAAUUAUAUCAUGGCAAAUAAUAUUUUUAUGGAAUACUCUUACUUUUUACCUGAAUUAUAUUAAUUAGAAGUAAAACUUAAUUUUGAAUAAGAUAAAGAUUAUUGUUAUUAUAAUCCGAAUUUUAUUUUCAAAAUUAUCUGUAUAUUCUGAAUUAUAAUUACAAUUUCAAAGAAAAAAAUCUUUUACAUUAAUUCCUAAAACCUCAAUUACGCCACGUGACGAUGAUUAAAUUCCUAUACUUUUACAAAUAUAUAUUAUUUGUGCGUCUCGGUCGCGUAUCAGUCAGAUGGCGCGUCCUUUCGACGCCGAUUAAAAUGGCUGAAAAUUGAUAUUUGUCGUGUCUCCCAAUCCACAAUUCCCUUCUUUCUCUUGCUCGUAAGAACAGGUGUUUUACCGACGACGAGGUGGACGAGGCUGGACCUUGGGAGCACAAUUUACUCCUACGAUUGCUGCUCCAACAUUCUGUGAAAUCGUGGUACUGUGCCCCGAGAGGGACAGAAAACCAUUGAGUUAAGAAGGCUGGACCUGGCAACGACGGAUUGGAUUUGACCGGCUGAUCGCGCCGAACGUGACAAUUUGCAGAGAUCUCAGCGUUUCGCGCUCGAAUCUCACGUUCAAAUUGUUCAAUACUCACUUUCGUUUUUACGUGUCACCUUCGAGUAACUCCGAGCGUCUAAAUGAGUACCCGGGGCGAGUACAGUUGCGUUUUGUGCGAAUUGAAGAUGGAUUCAAAAGAAGCGUUGAAAGAACAUUUUAGAAAUCAUGCAAAUAAGAAGAUAGAUAUACGUGGACAACCAGUGAAACAUAUAAAAACUCCAAACACUCAGUGCGACAUAUGUACUCAGUCAUUUGAGACAGUACGGCAGACAAUAAGGCACAGAUUUAGGAUGCACUCCAAUUCACUGAUUAAAUUCCAUUGUGCCUAUUGUGGAAAACAGUUUCCCUUAAAGAAUCACAGGGAUAAUCAUGAACUCUCGCACGAUCCAACUGAAAGCGAGAAUAAGGAUCAACAUAGAAAAUGUGAGGAGUGUAACUUGAUAUUUUACAGUGAAAAGGCACUGGAUUAUCAUUGUUCCAUUCAUAGAAGACAUACAUACAUGUUUAAACCGAUAGCCACUCCUCCACCUAGCAACAAGAUCAAAUUGAACUGUAGGAAUGAAGCAUUGAGCGUAUAUUACUGUCACUUGUGUGGCGUCGAAUACGUUAUAAAGUAUAAUUUACAACGGCACUUGGAGAAGAGGCAUACACAAAAAGAGAGAGAGAAUAUGCCGGAUGAUUUUAUCAAAUGCACAGUAUGCUCGGCGUUGUUUUGCAACAAGAAGGCCUAUGACUGUCAUAACGCUUACCAUAAUUCCGAUGAUUUGUAUGUAACUUCCGAGCAACAAAGAAUACAAACGGUUUCCAAGAUCGAUCAGGACUUCGACAUUAGGAGAGUGGAGUGCACGGCCAAUAGAUAUAUAUCGAGACAUAUAUCUAAUUUAGUUAAGAGAACAGUUAAUCACAGAACACAGCCAAAUAAAGUGCCGAAGACAGAAAUUAAGAUGGAAGUAAAGAGAGAGAGGUCCGUAUCCUUGGACGAUCCUGACAGUAUCAGUGAGUCCAACGAUUUCGAGAGUGACAUUCCCUUGGAACCAAGAAUUGGAGCCUGCUAACGGAAGUGUUCUUUCUGAUCAUGGAAAAAUUAUUAAUUCCUAUCCCUGUAUUUUAUUGUAACAGAGAGAGGGAGAUUUAUGAAUUGCUGCUACAGUCAUCAUGAUUACCAAACCUUAGCCAGGAUUCUGUAUACAGCUACCAAUAGUUUUUGUUUUUAUAAGUGUCAUCGCGCACAUAUUUGGAUAUGUGAAAUGUAUGCAUAACAACACUUAUCGAAUCGAGAACUAUUGAUAACCGUGUACAGAAUCCCAGUCCUGAUUUGGAGCUUUCUCUUUACAAUGUAAGUUAGAAAAAUGUAACAUUUCAGAACGUCAAUUCUAUAUUUAUUUUUAAUAUUGAAUCACGUUCAGAAAGUACAUCAAUAAUUGUGGCGAAUAUUGAAGCACAUAAGAAGUCCUAUAAUAAGAAAGAGUAUAGUAAUUUGAUAGUUAAUUCUUGAAUAUUUUUUAUGGUGUGUUUCUACAUAUAUAUACACACACAUGCAUGCAUAUUUUAUAUAUAUAUAUAUAUAUAUAUAUAAUAUGUAUAUGUAUAAUAUGCUAUAUACACAUUAUAUAACAUAUAUCUUCUGAGCAUUAUAUUUUUUUAUAUUUUUAUUAUGUAUACGUGUUUAAUGCGCGCUACAUACAAACAAAUUUCAAAUAUAAAUUAAUAAUUUGCAAUUUUCUUUGCCCUCUUGAUACGACUUGUCGAAUACGAUCUCACCAAUUUUUAUGUAUAAAAAAAUAUACGUAUAUAGCCG